GGAAGUGAUGUUCAACCAGGAUGCACAGGACAACGUGAAUGUCAACUAGUGUUUUAUAAACUGAAUUUAACCGUCAUAAUGAAGAAAUCGUCUACCUCUUUUGCAUUUUAGUAAUUGUAGCUCCAAUAAUAGCGUCUGUAACUAAACUAUUUAUUUGUUCAACGUCGAAAUUUAGAGGCAUAUAGUAACAAUGUUGCCGGCUAAUAGGUUGUGGUUGUCUGAAGCAGCUCUUGGAAUGUUGCAAAGCCUUCGAUAUUACUGCCAGGAGACGCCCAGAAAGCUCCGAAUAUGCGAGGCAAUCUCAAAUUUACAAGUGGGAACAAAAAUCAAAGUGCAGGGCUGGGUUCGCUCCGUGAGACCCCAGAAGGAGAAUCUGUUCCUCCAUGUGAAUGACGGGAGCUCCCUUCAGUCUCUACAGGUAGUGGCCAGCUCAGAGCUCAACCACAGACUGCUGACGUUUGGGAGCGCUGUGGAGAUCUCAGGAAGCCUGGUCACGAGUCCCAGCCACAAGCAGGAUGUGGAACUGCAGGCUGACCAGAUAGAUGUGGUUGGAGAAUGUAACCCUGUGGACUUCCCCUUUAAGAUCAAGGAGAAACAUGGUCUAGAAUACAUCCGUCAGUUUCCUCACCUGAGGUGUAGAACCAACGCCUUCAGUUCCCUGCUGAGGAUACGCAGCGAAGCCACCACUGCAAUACAGCAAUAUUUCAAGGAGAAGGGCUUUAUUCAGGUCCACACCCCAGUCCUCACCUCUAAUGACUGUGAAGGGGCAGGAGAGCUCUUCCAGGUUGAGCCUGCAGGUCAGGAGAAGAACCAGGAUGAGGAAGGGCACCAACACUUCUUCUCUGUCCCAGCGUACCUGACUGUCUCUGGGCAGCUGCAUCUGGAGGUCAUGGCUGGGGCGUUUCCUGGAGUGUACACUUUUGGACCAACGUUCCGGGCAGAGAACUCUCAGAGCAGACGUCACCUGGCUGAGUUCUACAUGGUGGAGGCAGAGAUCUCCUUCACACAGUCACUCGAGGAUCUAAUGAAGGUGAUGGAAGACUUGUUCAGGUCUACAACAGAACAUCUCUUAUCUCAUUGUCCUGAAGAUGUGGCUUUAUAUCACAAACACGUGUCACCUGGAUACAGGGACUAUGUGGAUCUAAUGAUGAAGAAGAGGUUUAAUGUGAUAACCUACACAGAAGCCAUAAACAUCCUCAACAGCAGCUCCAAGAAAUUUGCUUUCAAAACAGAUUGGGGCUCUGACUUGCAGACAGAGCAUGAGAAGUACCUGGUGAAACAUUGUGGCGAUGUUCCUCUCUUCGUCACUGAUUAUCCCUAUGCCCUGAAGCCCUUCUACACACGAGACAACCAGGACCAGCCUCUACACACUGCAGCAGCAGUAGACCUAUUGGUCCCCGGAGUAGGAGAGAUGUGUGGAGGUUCUCUGAGAGAGGAGAGAUUGGACCUACUGAAGACGCGUCUAGCACAGGCUGGUUUGGAUGAGACAUACGGAUGGUAUUUGGAUCUGAGGCGGUUUGGUUCUGUCCCUCACGGCGGGUUUGGUAUGGGCUUUGAGCGCUACCUGCAGUGUGUUUUGGGGGUCGACAACAUCAAAGACGUUAUUCCAUUCCCCAGAUACUCCCGCUCUUGCCUUCUGUAAACUAUACACUGAGUAUACCAAACAUUAAGAACACCUUCCGAAUAUUGAGUUGCACCCCCC